AUGCAGGAAAGCAAUAUGAGUCGCUAUUCCCAGUCAGGUAACUACCACAAAUCCAAUUUUAGGGACCUUUCACCAAGAAGAGCAGUGUUACCUAUAUUUGAACCUUCCGGCCUGUUAGAGCGCGAUGCGCGUGGUAAAAAGGGAACAACUUCAAUGUACACGAAACCAGCGGAUGCAAUUUCGCCUCAUCAAUACUGGGAGGCAACAUACACACCGCCUACAGAGCGACAAAUCUUCAAAGCGGUUUUGCUGAAUCGGAAGAGUAAGAACGUAAUUGCCGAAUAUCGGUUAGAAUCUCAAAGUUGUUAUUUGAUAGGUAGGGAAGUGGGCAGUCACUUGCCUUCAAAUCUACCUUAUGACACUCCUCGUCAACAGUUCUUCUGCGACAUUGGAGUGUCCGAUGAAGGCUGUUCCAAGCAGCAUUGUGUGAUACAAUUCAGAGAGAAGGAUUCAAAAUUGGUGCCUUACAUAAUUGACCUGGACUCUGUCAACGGGACCUCAUUAAAUGAAUCACCGCUUCCAAAAAGUCGGUAUGUUGAGUUGCAUAAUAAAGAUAUAAUAUACUUUUCAGCAGAUGCCACUGAAUCUGCUUAUGAACUAAUGUUUUUGACAGUGUGA